UUCGAGCCCAAAGCGACCGAACCCACAACACUCGCCCCAACCACACACCGCACCAGACCCGGACAACCCAUCGUCGACCUCGCCGGCGACAGACAAGGCGAAACAUGGAGGAGGCGGCGGCGGCGGCCGGCGUGCAGCUGGGCACCUCGAAGCCGCAGAUCGCGACCCAGGCGGAGAUGGCGGAGGCGCGCAUCCCGAUCCCGUACCGCGACCAGUGCGCCCACCUCCUCAUCCCGCUCAACAAGUGCCGCGUCGCCGAGUUCUACCUCCCCUGGAAGUGCGAGCCCGAGCGCCACUCGUACGAGAAGUGCCAGUACGAGCUCGUCAUGGAACGGAUGCUGCAGAUGCAGAAGAUCCGCGAGGCGCAGGGGGGCGCCAAGGUCAAGGGCGGCGCCACCAUUGGCGUGCCCCUCAUCCCUUCCACCGCAAAGCUCGCCUGAUCCGGUCCCUGCCCGAUCUGGAUGAUUCAGGUUUGGUGACUAGAGCAUGAUGGGCACCAUGCCAGGAUCAUGAAUGUUAGUUCUAUGAACAAAUCAUCUGUUUGAAUUUGGCAUAAAGUUAACUCCUGUCUUCUACCCCUCUCACUUUCCUCCUUUGGUGAGUACCUUCAGUUUUAAUUUGUUGGAAUAAGGAAUCAGCUGUCUAUGCUCGAUGAGUGAAAUGACGCCUCGAAGUUUUGAAUGCAAUUCAUGAACUCUGCUUGUGUAGAUCUACUUUUAUGCAGUAGACGGUUUAUAGCAUAAAUAUCUGGUCUCAAGCUAUUAAACCUUGUGAGACUACUGUUGGUUGUGGAUAAGAUUCGUCUGUGUUUGUGUGGUUAUUUGUA